AUGGAAGCGCAACUACUCCAGCCGAUCAGCGAGGCGCAAGCAAGCGAUCGCGCGUGCAGUAAUGACCACUGCCCAUCGGCUGCUCCCGAUGACACCGGAUCACCAUCACAAAGCGCCGGAGCUGAGCAAAGCGAUACCGAGACUAGCGACAUCAACUUCGAGGAGACGCCAGUGGUGCCCUACGUUGUAGGUCUGACUCUUACGGGCACAAGACAUGCGCCACCUGAGCCUUUCGGCUGGAGAUACACCACGGAAAAUCCCCCCAUGGUGGAGAACUGUGAUUCGCUUUCGCAAGCCGAGCUUUGCUGUAUGCGACUUCCUCUGGGUGGUCAGACAAUUCAAGAUGACCAAAUCACUCUCACUAUAACCGAUAUCAUCAGGGCCGGAUUCAACACAGGUGCGCAACUUGUGGUAGUCAACGAAACUAUGGUUGCCAAAAUCUUCGAUCCGCUCUGCUACAGGGAUUACGACUACGAUAUCGGCAGCAUCAACGUUGUGUAUGAUGCAGAUGGCGAUUAUAGUCGCGAAGCUGCCGCCUAUGAACAGCUACAGAAGUCAUCGGCGGCUAGAGAAGUCACACCUGCUUUCUACGGCACCUGGACUAUUCCUGUUGAUACCCAGCUCCGCGACGGGGAUCAGCUCCAGAAGCACACUCGCCAAGUGCCUCUGGUUCUGAUGGAAUACGUACGAGGGGAUACGAUGCGCAAUGUCGAUGCCCGAGCAUUGACGGAGCAGAUACGGUCCUGCAUUCUCGAGAAGGUCAUAGACAACGACAUUGUCAUAUUUCACGCAGGCAUCGACAAUCCUGAUACCAGCCCUCGAAACAUCAUAAUAGCUGGUCUCCAAGCCAAUCCAGAAGACAACGUACCAGAUGGUAUCACCGUCAAAGAGAUCGAUUUCAACAUUGCUACUGUCCGUCGUCACCCGGGAUGUCACAACUACCAAAUGGUACGUGAGGUCGACGAGGAACGUGCGGUGUGGCUCCCCAAGCUUCAAUCGCCAAUGAUUCGAUGGUUCAGCGGCAUGGAAGAUUUUGCGGGAGAUGGCUGGUGCCCUGGUGAAGAAGGAGAACCCGAACUGUGGCUAUGGGAACAGUAUCAUAACGAUGAGCGCUAUAUUCCCGUCAUUUGGGACCCGUCCCAACCCGACGCUAGGCCACAGCGCGUAGAGUUCGAAAGCGGUUCCGAGACAAGCGUGGAUUCAGGUCUGGGUUUGGACAUGGUCAUUGUGAAAGGCGACGAAGACGACGGGAAGAGCGUUGUUGAGCUCGAUGACCAAAACGCGUCUGCUGUACAGUCGUCAUAA